UUAUGCUUCUGCCUGAGCCAGGCAGAUCUGGUAAAGUCACAGAGGAGCACUAAUAAGCCUCCAGGAAGUCUUCUCCUGGAGACCUUUUGGUCCUGGCAGUCCUGACCCCCUAGGCUUGACUUCUGCCCUUCACCCUGGCCCUGCCUCAGCAGCUCUACCAAGCCAGGCCCUGUCAUCUAAGCCCAAGCAGGGCUGAUGGCUGUGUGAAGCUAUUUUUAAGUUCAGUCGUGUGUACCUCCCCACCCCCAGCAGCUCUGCUACUGGCCACCUGCCACUGCCUGUCCCUCCUGGAAUGCUGACUGGCAGUUACGUGGAAUGGGGGCUGGGAAGACUGUUAUAAAGCUGGAGUGCUAGGGAGGCAGCUGUCCCCAUCCGGAGCCCCUGUGUCCCCUUACACCAUGGCCGCACACCGCCUAGUAAUGGUCCGUCACGGUGAGAGCACGUGGAACCAAGAGAACCGAUUUUGUGGUUGGUUCGAUGCAGAGCUGAGUGAAAAGGGGGCUGAGGAGGCCAAGCGGGGAGCCCAGGCCAUCAAGGAUGCCAAGAUGGAGUUUGACAUCUGCUACACAUCGGUGCUGAAACGGGCCAUCCGUACCCUCUGGACUAUCCUGGAUGGCACGGACCAAAUGUGGCUGCCUGUGGUGCGCACCUGGCGCCUUAAUGAACGGCACUAUGGGGGCCUCACGGGCCUCAACAAGGCUGAGACAGCAGCCAAACAUGGGGAGGAGCAGGUGAAGAUCUGGAGGCGCUCCUUUGACAUCCCACCACCGCCAAUGGAUGAGAAGCACCCUUACUACACCACCAUCAGCAAGGAGCGCCGCUAUGCAGGCCUGAAGCCUGGAGAGCUGCCUACCUGUGAGAGCCUGAAGGACACCAUUGCCCGGGCCCUGCCCUUCUGGAAUGAGGAGAUUGCACCCCAGAUCAAGGCUGGCAAACGAGUGCUCAUUGCAGCCCAUGGGAAUAGCCUGCGAGGCAUCGUCAAACACCUGGAAGGGAUGUCAGACCAAGCCAUCAUGGAGCUGAACCUGCCUACAGGAAUCCCCAUUGUGUAUGAGCUGGACCAGGCACUGAAGCCCACCAAACCCAUGCGGUUCCUGGGCGACGAAGAGACUGUGCGGAAGGCUAUGGAGGCGGUGGCUGCCCAGGGCAAGGCUAAAUAAGGGAGAACAUAAGCAAUAAAAGCACCUCUGCA